GUGGGUCCAGUUCUGCCCUCAUUAACAGCCACUCCGGGACGGUGCCGAGCAUGCCAACCUCCAAACACAUCACAGCAACAGUGUGAGCUGCUCCCGCGGUACGCAGCAGCAUGUCAGCGGCAUAGACGUCCACUCUUGAACUGUCUUACCUUGUGGUCCUGUGUGGACCCAAGUCGGUGCAGUUGCCAUGGAGUUGGGGAAACUGCAUUUGAAUCUGAAGACCCUUCUGCUGACAAUGAUGAUGUUCAAAUGGGCAUGGGACUUAAUCAUCUGCCCUCCUCACAACUAUCCACUUCCGUCUCCUCCUGCCACAACGAUGAACCUUAUGAUUGUCCUCCCCUUCCUCCCCUGUGCUUUCUCUCUCUCUGUUGUACACCAUGUCCUCUGUCUUCGCUGUAAAACACCGUCAAGUGUCCAAAAAGUGGCUUCAAUAGAAGGCGCCAUGUUGGAACGCUCAGACAGUGAUUAUCACAGAGAGGAUGGAGAUGGCCAACAUCCCAGCUUGACACCUCUCACUGGUCCCUGGCUGACAGUGAGGGCGUCCGGCGAGGGAGAGACAUGUCACUCAGCCUGACGCUGUCUGAUCUGUUUUCUCUCUGUCUCAAGACUCAGGAUCAUCCUUGUGUUUGUCACUUUACAGUCAGAGGAUAAUCGCAGGGAUCCUCUGCACAGCCACUUCGGUCAAAUGCCUGUCUUCCCCUUGCCAAAAUGGAGGCACCUGUGUGGACACCAUGAGCGAUUACGCCUGCAUCUGUGCCACAGACGGGGUCCGAUACACGGGCAAGAACUGUGAUGAGCUCUACGACCCCUGCAUCUUUGCUUCGUGUGAGAACUGUAUCAGCAUCCCCGGCACCUCGCAGUUCCACUGCCUCUGCCCUCAAGGCCUGACAGGUGACAACUGCACGGAGCAAGUGGACGAGUGCCAGAGCAACCCCUGCUCCGAGCCCCGCUCCUACUGCGUGGAUCAGCUGAACGGAUACUUCUGCAGGUGUCCUCCAGGGUACGGAGGCUGGAACUGCCGAACUCAUGUGACGGACUGCAUUGAUGAGCCCUGCAGGAACAACGGCACCUGUGUGCUGAAGCCGCAGGGCUUCGAGUGCCGGUGUGCGCCGGGGUUUGAGGGGAAGACCUGUGAGGAAGAUAUCAAUGAGUGUCUGUCAGAGCCGUGUCAGAACGGAGCCAUCUGUGUGGACGAGGUGGCAGAAUUCCACUGCUUCUGCGUGCCUGGCUUUCAAGGGUACAACUGUGAGAUAGACAUCAACGAGUGUGCGUCACGACCCUGCGAGAACAACGCCACCUGCAUCAACGAGAAGGACCACUACGUCUGCGAGUGCUUGCUCGGCUUCACAGGGGUCAACUGCGAAACGGAGAUUGAUGAGUGUGAGCUGCAGCCCUGCCUCAACGGAGCCACCUGCCGUGACCUUGUCGGCAUGUACCUGUGCGACUGCCUUCCUGGCUUUGAUGGGGUCGACUGCGAAGUGGAUGUUGAUGAGUGUGCGAGUCAGCCCUGCCAAAAUGGAGCUGUCUGUCAUGACAUGGUGAAUGGCUAUGCUUGCGACUGCACGGACACUGGAUUUGAGGGGGUUCACUGUGAAGUGGACAUCCCUGAGUGUGCGUCGGACCCCUGCCAGCACGGUGCCACAUGUAUUGAGGACGUCAAAGGAUACAGCUGCCUCUGCUGGCCAGGGUUUGAGGGAACAAACUGUGAGGUUGACAUUGAUGAGUGUGCCGAGAAACCCUGUGACAACGGGGGAGAUUGUUUUGAACGCUCGGAUCCGAGCCACUGGGACCUGGAGUGGGAGCUUCGCUUUGCAGACGCAGCUGGAUAUAUUUGUCAGUGCCAGCCUGGUUUUGCAGGAGAGAACUGUUCCUUCAAUAUUGACGAGUGUGAAUCUGAACCGUGCCAAAACGGCGGCUAUUGUAAGGAUCAAGUUAACGGCUACAGCUGCAUGUGCGCCACUGGAUUUCUGGGGAAGCUAUGCGAGGUGAACGUUGAUGAAUGUGCGAGCCAGCCCUGUCAGAAUGGUGGAAGGUGCGAGGAUGGAAGAGCUUCCUACGUCUGCCACUGUCCAGAACCUAAACCUGGCCAGCUCCCCUGGGGAGGCGACCUCUGCAAUGUCAGGCUUUAUGGCUGUGUUGGCCACGAAUGUCAGAACGGGGCCAGUUGCCAUCCUUGGCUGGAGAGAGGGGAACAUGGCCACACGUGCUUGUGCGCUCCAGGCUUCUACGACGAGCACUGCUCCACACGAACCACGUUCUCUUUCUCCUCUCCAAGUUUCAUCCAGAUUGAAGUCGAGCAUAGAGCUCGCAGGGAGGUGGAGCACCAUGAUCAUCCAGGUGUCGGAGUACAGCUGCGCUUCAGGACUACAAUACCAAAUAUGUUGCUCUUUUAUCGCGGGAAUGAGGACAACCAUCUUCUUCUGGAGAUUGUGGACGGACACUUACACGCAAGAGCUUUUUCGGAGGAAUCUGAACUACAUGCUCCAAUCGAUGACUUGGUCAGUGAUGGAGAGUGGAGAGACGCCCACGUAAUAUUGUCAAAUGAAGGUCUGGUGAUAAUACUAAAAGGUCCUGGCUGCGGUCAAGAGGGUUGUAAAUCCAGCGACAGCGGUGCCAAUGACCCACCGUUCCAGCCGUCGGAAGCCUUUGGUGAAGUCUACAUCGGUGGAGCUCCUGAGGAGCUUUUAGAAGCGACUCUCAGUGGUGCAGGAUUCAUUGGGUGCAUGGAAGACCUGAUCAUUGAUUCCAAACCAAUUCUACCCCAAGAAUUUCCAGAGCACCACAGCCAUGAACUGGGAUGCAAUAAGAUCGAGUGGUGUAAACCUGAGCCUUGCAACCGCCAUGGACGCUGUGUGGAUUUGUGGACAAGCUACCGCUGUGACUGUGACCGACCAUUCCACAGCGAGAGCUGUACUAAAGAGUUUCAGUCAUGGACCUACAGUCAUGAGGACACAUUGAGCUUCAGCUCCUAUGAUAUCGGAAAAGACCACGGGAACAGCUUUAACGUGUCCUUCUUCCUGAGGUCACUGAAGCAGGAUGGGCUGCUGUUUCAGCUGAGGAGACCUACUCCGGACAAUCAACUGUACUUCUCAAUCUACCUUGGGAUGGGAAGAAUUUUUGUCAGCACCCUGCCCAGCAGCGCUCCGCUGUCAGCACCAAUAUUCGUGACCACCGGUGAGCGGCAGCUUCUACUGGUCGAGGUCCAGCGGGGACAGGUGAUCUUUGAACACGCAGGCCUCCGCUAUAGAAUCGGAGCAGUCCCUGAGGUUAGCGUAAACAGAGGCGACCAGGCUCAUGUGGGGGGACUCCCCAGCCAGUGGGACUCCAGUCCCUGGGGCGGCCACUACAAAGGAUGUCUCCAGGACCUUCGUUUGGAUUCUGUGCAGCUGGAUUUGGAUGCCUGGAACAGUUCAGACGGGGAGAAAGUGUAUCUGCCGAAUGAUGCCGAGAACGUGAAGAGGGGUUGCAUCAGUGACGACACAUGUAAGGGAAAACCUUGUCGCAAUGGCGGAGAUUGUACAAUCACAUUCAAUGACUUUACCUGCACUUGUCCGGAGGACUACACUGGGAAGACGUGUGAAACCCGUGUGUGGUGUGUCAGUGGCCCGUGUGUCAACGGUGGUCACUGUGUGGACCUUCCUGAUGGAUACGAGUGUCUGCACAACGCCACUUUUGAAAACAACCCCGUGCAGUUCAGUGCCGGCAGCUCUCUGGCUGAGCCUGUCGCCUCCAUAUACAUCGAGCUGAGGACUCGGACAGAGAAUGCAGCGGUCCUUCGGGCCACCUGGGGCACUGACCUGCUCUUAGUGGGUCUACUUGAUUCAUCAAUGCGGGUUGAAAUCCACACCGCAAAAGGUGGUGAAGCUCUUGUUGUGACGGGACAGCGGCGGGUUGCUGAUGGCAACUGGCAUCGUGUGAACAUCUUCAUGGCUGAGAGAGAUCGGAAAACAUCCCGGUGGAUCAUCACAGUAGAUGGGAUCACAGAUGUGACCAGCCCUCCGCACCGCACAGGAAGCCUGCAGUUCCUCAACUACAAGGGAGCCAUUUUGAACAUCGCAGAGAGCUUCUCUGGUUGCCUCGGGGCCGUCCGGGUCGGCGGGGUCUACCUUCCGUUUGUGGACGACAACAACGCUCCGCAGCUGUCUCAGUUCCAUUUAGUGGGCAAACCAAAGAUCCAUUUAGGCUGCAGCAGCGCCCCCGUUUGUGAGGCGGAGCCUUGUUUGAAUGGAGCCACGUGCUUGGAUCUGUUUAAUAAGUUUGGUUGCGUGUGCGACUUGGGUUGGGAGGGAGACCAUUGUGACAUCGACACAGACGACUGUGUGUCCCAACCGUGCGUUCAUGGGACUUGCAAGGACUACCUGGCUGGCUUCGAGUGCCAGUGUCACCCUGGCUAUGCCGGCACCAUGUGCGAGGAGGAUAUAGACGAGUGCGAGGACCACGAGUGUGAGCACGGCGGCACAUGCAAAGACGGACUGAAUAUGUACACGUGUGUGUGCCCGAAGAAUUAUCAAGGCCCUCUGUGCCAGUGGAAGUAUCCUCCGUUGCAGUGCGGUAAGGAUGUCCAGUGUGCCAACGACGGAGUCUGCCACGACGGCCAGUGGGGGGCCAACUGCACAUGCAUGGCUGGCUUCACAGGCAGCAGAUGUGAAUCGGAGAUCAACGAGUGCGAGUCAGACCCAUGUCUGAACGGAGGCUCCUGCUUGGACCGAUACAACAUGUUUGUCUGCGAAUGUCCACCAGGCUACAGCGGCCCCACCUGCGACACCAACAAAGAGGCCCAUAAACAAGGAAUCACCUGGUUGAUGAUCGCCAUCCCAUUGCUGUGCUUCUGUGUUGUGAUCCUGAUUUUGGGCUUGACGUUCAUGGUCCUAACGGCCAGGAAGAAGCGUCAGUCGGAAGGCGCCUACAGCCCCAGUGCGCAGGAGCUGGCUGGAGCUCGACUGGAGAUGGACAGCAUGCUCAAAGUACCGCCGGAGGAAAGACUCAUCUGAGAGGCAGUUUCAUUGGGACUGUGGAGGCGCAGGGCUCCAGAUGUUGACCCCUUCACAAGGAGCAUAAGGAUUCUGGGGGAGCGUCACCUCAUUGUUCCCUUCAGUAGCGUACGUGAAGGGUCGGCGUACAUCAAACUCAACUGGGUUCAUCGUGCUGCUUCUUUAUAUACGACGGACCUUUUGGACUUCUCAAGGUGGACCAUCAUGCCCUGGUGGUACUGGUGCUUGAGGCGUUGACAGCAUAAGGACAAUUGCGACUUUGGAUAUAUCAUGAUAUAUCUGAAAUUCCUGUGACCACCAGUGUAAUUCUCAUAUUGAUGAAUUCAGCCUGUUGAUCACGUGACCUCGCCCGAUGUGGGAGGUUUAUUUUACUAAGUGUAACGACCAGCUCUGACACAAGUAGUUCAUGUAAUGAAGAAGCCACAAGACUGAAGUUGGCGAGGAGACAAAUCUCUGUUUAAGCUGGCUGGUCUUCCUGGGAUUCUUCCGAUAUCGAUAUCGGCCGGGAUCAAGUGUUUUAGACACACUGUACAGGUGAACAAGGACGAGGUCAGCAGGGGUCCGCGAGCCGGAACACACUGUACAGUAGAAAGGAAACUGCACUGCAGCAGAACGCACAUUCAUCAGAUAUGAAAGUCAUGGAGAGGCUGCUGAGAGUUGCUCAAGUACACGAUUGCAGCUCCAACUUUGAGAGCCAGAACUAAACCUCCAGAGCACAGAAGAAGUUUGUGAUCUCAUGAUUUACUAGACAGUAAUUCUCACUAACUCUAAUACUUAGCAAGGCUAUGAAUGUAACACACUUCAAAGACAACAGAUUGUACUGUAACCCCCACAGCCAGCAAGGUCUUCAUACACAAGUGCCAUAUCAUGGAGUGAAAACCACGGUCCUCGACACAACCAAACCACCAGCCCAAAGAUAAGCAGUAAUACUAGGGUCAAGCUGUCGAGACUGGUUCAGAGCUGAGAUCCGGUGAACAUCAUCCGACAGGAUGACAGAUUUGUCCGUCAGUCGUCAUAACCACUGGCUGUUUAAUGGAACAGGCAGAGUCGUACCUUUCACACUUCAGUUCAUCUGCCAAAGUGUGUUUGUUCUCAGGAAUGAAAUUUCAAUCGGCAGCAGUGAAUAUCUGGUGUCCUUCCAGGGAUUGUGCAGCAGCUCACUGAAAGUCAAACACCUGCUCUUCAUUCAUCAUUUCUGCAGCGGGCGCCCUCUUUAAAAGGCGCUGACUAAAUAUGUUCACUGUCUAAAUAAUCACAUAUGACAAGGUGGUUUCACUAUAAGAAGCUGUAUGUAGUUUUUUGUUGUUGUUUUUUUUUGCAGGGGGAGGGAUGUAAAUAUUUUUUUAUUUUCCAGGAUUUUUUUUUACCUUUACAGUAGAGUGGGAGGAGUUCCAGGGUCAAAACAAGGACAUAAAAUGCAUUAAGGUUAGAGGAGAACUAAAGGGGUUCACUUCAAAAUGCAACAAAGGAGUAAAAAUAAAGGUCACCCAUUAAUGUUAUUUUUGUUUGAGAACAUCAACAUGUUUUACAACACGGCAAUAAAAUGAGCUGAUGAACCCUCGAAUCACUCUGAUGUUCAAACACUGCGGGAGCUUUAUGAUUUUAUAUUUAUGAGUUUACUAGUGAAAAUGAUUUGGACUACAAAUCAAACAUUGCAUGUAUGACGUCGCAGCAGAAUCCGACAGCUCUGACGCUAAGAUUGAUGUUGAAGGUACUUCAUUAUAAAUUUGCGAUGAGCAUUGUAGUUGGUUACUAGAUAUCACACUAAACCUAAAGUUACUUUUGAUGCCGGUCGAAAAGCAGUGCUCUCACGGCAUUAGAAUGUAUCUUUCAAAUUCAUAGACAUCAUUUGUGAGAGCUAUGGCAUAUUUCAAGACGGAUCAGAAAAUAACUUUCAUCUCUCCAUUGGGUCUGUUCAUAUUUUUAGAUAACUUGAGAAGUAGAUGGUUGUGACUUAGGCUUCCUAUGGCUCUGAAAACGGUCACUUGGGGUCAUUCUUCCUUGAGUGGUUACAAGUGAAAGACAUCUGUGUUCAGGGUUGAAAUCCAGGUUUUCCCCAUUGACAUGUGAUGCCUCGACAAAAACUAGCAUUGCAUUUAUUCGGAGUGACUCGCGAAAACAACGUCAUUGUUUCACAUAUUUAAUUUUGACAAAUGUUCAAAACCACAUUGGGGACAACACAGGCCAAUGAAGGCUGUUUUUCUCCUCAGAAUUAACCAAAAUGAAUGAAGGCCUUAGCAAUCAAGAAACAUAUGAAGCCACCAAAAGCACCUGCAGGAGAAAUGACUGCAUGAAGGAAUUGAGUCACUUUUGAAGUAACAGGAUCAAGUACAACGCCACUGAAGCAGCAGCUUCAUCGUGAAUGCUUACGUCAGCACAAUAGAGGCUAUUUUUGUAAAUAACUUUUUCUAAGGCUCUACAAAUCUAGUGCUAAGUUCAUUAGCUAAUAAGGCAGGUGACACAAAGGGUGGCAGUGCACGGAACACGAGUUGCAGUUUAGUGGCAAGAGGACGAAUAUUGGCAUUGAACAUCUUGUAGCGAAGGCCCUGUGUGUAAUGGCAUAAAAGACGGUGCAUCUGUGGGGGGUGGAAUACACAGCCAUCUGAUGAACACAUAAGCGCAUCAUGGGUCAGGACCCGCAGUGUUUUUCCAAACGCUAAUGUUUACGAGCAGCACAAUGGAGUUAAAGGGAAAAAAAAGUUGUAUCACAAGUUAAAAACUGCAUUAAACAGAUUGAAAUAUAUUACUUACAGUGCAUUAAAAAAUAGUUCAUAUUUCAGCCAGGUGACUUCUAACACAUGUAAGACAUGUAUUGGCCACCAGGGGCAGCAAACACAACAGGAAGCAAUAGAAAUGACACGACCAAAAAUUGUUUACAUUAAAGGCGAAGAUUUAGACUUGGAAGUCUAAUACUCCUCAAUUACGGAGAUGUUGACUCAAGUUAAAAACGGUAUGAGAUUGUCUUCUGGUAAGUAUGUUCAUGUUUUUGGAGGCCUUACUUAAUGCGAGUACAUUCAAAAGCUGAUAUUUCUUCUAAUGCGACCAUAGAAAAAGAAGUCGAUAUUAAACAGUUGAUGUUCCAUAACAGUGACAUUCGGUGAUUGUUUUGGUUUUCUAAAGUGAACAGCGGCCUGAAGCGGCAAUUCUCAGUGGAGAGACGAUAACUUUUUAGGGACAGAGUUGAAGUAAAACAUCUGAUAUGUCAAGAUAAAAAAGAAAACAAAUACUUUUUUCUGACAUUUGGAAUCACAUUUUGAUGAGCAUUUAUAAGCUUAAAAAGAGACCUCAAUUUUGAAUCCAUCAAUCUCAACCUGGUUCUUCCUCUACACCUGUGAAAGCUACUGUUCUAAUACUAAAACAAGCAAGUGCCACAUUGAUUUCUCAAAAGGUCCUGAUGCAGUCAAGGGGAGAGUCUUUCGCUGUCGUGGAGAGAAACUACUAGUGCAUAUUCACAGGUCUCAGUCAAAUGUUUCCCACCUCCGCCGAAGGUCCUCCACCUUCUUUUUUGUGGGGGUCGCAGGCUUGGCUAUUGUGAGCAGGUCACCAAAAGGGUCCCGAGUCAAGUGGCUGCUCCCCUCUGCUUGAGGUGGCUUUUCAAAAAUGUUCUGAACAGCAGGGGGCAGAGCUGUGGAGUCUGCCAGACUGGAGAGUGCGUUGUUGCUCGCGGAUGAGUGAGGGAGGGCGGCGGCUGAGGAAGGGAAGACUGACUGAAGCGCUCCAUAGUUCGAGGGCAGGGUAGAACUAACUGGUGAAUGCUGGCGAUAGAGUCCCGGGUGUGUGGGGUACGACUGCGAUGGUGGGUUUGAGUGCAAGUAGGACCCGGUCUGCGGAGCAUAGGCUGCACUAAAAGGGUUCCCACCGAUGGUGGGAGGAAACUGCAUUUGAGGGGAGGUUCGCUGAAGAGACUGGGUAAAGGGAUUGAGCGAUGUCUGGGGAUGAACCGGGAAAGAAGGCAAGGCCUGAGGGAAAGACCUGAGCGGAAGUGCUGGUUUGCAGGUCGACAAACCAUCCCCUCCGUAGAUUGCUGUGGAGUGGGAGGAAGUGUGGAGGGGGUCAAGAAGACUAAUGAGAUCUAAACUGUCCUCAGUGACCUUGUGAGGCUUCAGCAUGUCUCCCUCUGAACUCAUGAUGAGGGCUUGCCUAAAUUCCUGCCCACCUGCUGUAGUCCUCCCCUCACACAGGCCUGCUGCUCUGGAGGGUGGCGGGAUUAAAGGGGGCGCCAGGACCGAGCCAAGCUCCGGAGUCUUCCUUCCAUGGGGACGAGGGAUGGUGAUGUUUCCUGAAGCGGACGGAUCUGGCGGCUCUGAGCUUUGGCUGAAGAAGUCAUUGCUGGGUGGAAAGGCUUCCGUCUGAACAGGAAGCUGUACAGAAGGUGGUCUGGAGGGCAGACCCUCAGGCACCUCUUCCUUCUUGCUUCCCAGCUUGUUGUAUGGGUUUGACAGCUUUAAGCCAGGUAGCGUCCGAGAGUGUUCGCUUAGGUCCAUUCUCUGCCAACACGCAAAAAAAUUAAAAAAUGAGUCUUACAGUAUUAGCUUUAGUAUCGAGUAUGAGGGACGGACAGCUGACCUGGUAUGUGAAUUUGGUUUUCAGCUCAUCUGCAUCUUUGGGAGUCCUCAGAUCCUCCAGACUUUUGGCCAGAGUGAUGGGCUGACUCUCGGGCUCAUCCUGGCAGCCGAAAAUGUCACUCAGUAGGUUGAUAUUGGAGAACUUCUCCAUCAGAGGGCUCGGCGGAGCAGUCUGACUUUCCGCUCCGACAUCAUGGUCUGCUUCAGCCAGCUCAGACUCUUUCAGGGAGCGAUACGGUUGUGGCCUGCAGGGACAGGGGAAACCAUUAACUCUGACCACCAGGGGGCGCUCGUUGGUCCACCUUUCAGAAGACACAUGAAAGCUAGCGCCAAUGGUUCAUUAUCACGGUUUGAACAGAUUUUAACAGAUGAAAACUUUAAAAAAUUAUACUGGCAUUUGAGACUAAUUCAGGUUGAUCAGGUUGUUGUUUAUGUCUGUCAUCAGUUUUCACAUGCAUCAUCAAACUUUGAUCAGACCCAUGCAACAUAAAGUGACCUUAGUUUUUCCACAUCAUUCAAAUCUAAUCAAAGUCCAGUAUUUCCUGUCUUGUAUUCAUGGUCGAUCACCUUGAAGUCAUUUACUGUGCUGCAGUAUCACACACAGGGCACUCUUUCCUGCUGACUUUACAGAAUCCAUUCAUCCCUGCAAUGAUUUCACCAAUGUAUAAAACACAAAAACUGACUUUGGAGAGCGUUUCCAGUCAUGCCGCGCCCUACUACGAUAAGUCUAUUGAAUUUGGAGUCCAAAUGUGAAUCUACUGCAGACAGUUUUCCUCCAUCAUCAAUGAUUUGACAUCUCAGGGUUAUUUAUAAAAAGUUGUUACAGGGAAUACACUUGUGAUGGAGCAAUAAAUUCUAGCCUAUCGUUUCAGUACAGACGUUUUUCAUUGAUCAUUAGGGCAUUUACUAUAACAUUAUUUCUGCAUGUUGUAUAAGACCGCCAUCUACUGAGCAUCAUUGAAGAUGAAGUUCAGAGAUGUAGAGAAAAUACAUUCAAUGUAUUUCGCCUUGGACCUUAAAGGCUCCAUGAACUUCCUUUUCUAAAUCUAAAUACGUGUUACCACCCUACCAGAUAGUGCGCCUUUAAUGCAGCAGCUUAUAAUAAACCUGAUUCAUUCCAGCAGGCGGCGCCAUUAUAAACCACUACUACCAUCCCUAUAGAUUUCACUAAUAACCAAAAAGAAAACCUAACAAUUUGGUUAAUGAAGUACAAACGAGUGACAUUUCAGUCAGAAUAGAAAAGUGCAUACAGAGGAGACCACUCGAAAGGGACUGAGAAGAGAAAGCUGUCGGGAAGUGCAGAGACGGAGUCAUCGUCGAACUGGAGCUCGUCCCCGGACGAAUCUUCAGAUAGAAAAACUGUAUAAUGACGGGUAGGUCGGAUAGAACUUGGAAGAGAACAAGCAGGAGAUGAGGACAGGGAGGUGAAAGACAGCAAGAAGAAAGUUAAAGGUUAGUGACCGGAAGUUAACAAGCUAUUUUAUUAUAAGGUGGCUUGUCGUAACUGCUCAAAGUUCCUGCCUGCCCUUUCAAUAAAAGACUAGUUUAACGUUGGUGAAAGUGUUGCAUUUGCAGGGUAACACAGUAAUACUGCCAUUGCAUUAUAUUACAAGGAUUAAACCAGGCGCAGCUUUGGAACUGUGCAGUACUGGAUUUAGGAUUUCAACAAAAAGAAUCCAGGGUAGAAGAUGUAGAAAAAGAAAACUCUGACGCAUUGAACAAUUGUCUUUUUUUUCUGGUGUGAGUAUGUAGAGAUGGUUGCUAGUAACACAUUACCCUCAGUUUGCAGUGGUUUGAGUAUAAACUAUUAGAUUAUACGCAAUGACAACUGUUAGGUCAUAAAUGUAACAGUAAUCUGAAAGUUGUUAAUAAGAUUUCCUCUGAAUUAGAAACAAGGUUGAAAAAUACGACCAGGUGACAAAAUGAUACAGAAAUUGCUGAAAUAGACCUGAGCUCACUUCUCAACGCUGCUCUCCAGAUUCACAUUACUGCUUGGCCUCUUCAACAGCAUGGGUUGUCGUGCCUGUGAGAAGAACCCAUGAAUACGACAUACUUCAGAGCGUCUGACAACAUGUGUAUUUUGCUGCCGUGAUCCUUAUGUACCUGACCAAAGUGCAUUGUGAUUGGCCGGUUGUCGUCCCAGGUGGGGAGGGGAUCCUCCUUUCCGAUUGUGGUGGUGGAGUUGAGACAUGUAGGGUCGUCAUCAUCGAUGACAGUUGAGCCCACAGAGAAGCCAUUUUCUGCAUGCUCCUGAAGGUUAAGGGCAAAGGGUGGACAUGGAUGAAAGGUGUGAGGGUAAAGAAGAGGGACGGGGAGGGAGGCGGUACGUUGUGGCUGAGGUAAGGCAGUCAGAUUCGAAAAGGUUAAGACUUUUAAACAUUAGAAAAACGCAGAAUUAAAGAAGUUGUAAUGUUCAUUAAUUCCGUCAUAUGUCAGGUAAAAUUUUAAAGACCAAUAAUAAAAACAAACAAACCUUUUGUUUUAAGCGACUUUUCACUUCCUUGAUGCCCAUCUUUGCAUGGUCUUUGGCCUAACACAAAACAACACAAUGAGAGCAAAUUUGAAGGCAUGCAGGUGCAGAGGCACAAGUCAUCGGUGAACUUACAAACUUGUAAACGUUCUUCAUGGCAGGGUUUGCUUUUGUCUUCACUGUGUUGAAGAUGGCCCCACCCCCUUUCUGUCAGGAGAAAGUGGUAUGUUAAAGCAGGGUCGGUUUUAUCAUUCCUUUUAGCUUUUAGACAUUUAUAAACUCGUCAUAGCUGGCAAGCAAAUACCUUACCAUGUUCAAAACAAAGUCUAAGUCGUAUAAUGAUUAUUUUAGAUUCUUUUUCACAAUGCCCUCAGGUAACUUUACAACAGGGUUAAGAAGGUUUUCAUGUUCUAUUUAGGUUGUGUGACCUGGCUUUCCCAAUAUGGGCAUUUCUCUGACAUUUGGUAAAUUACCAUCGUAGACCGUACGGCUUCCUCAGGAAAUCCUGCCACAUAGUGCCACAGGUGACCUUCCGUUUAAAUAGGCUUUCUUUUUCAUCAAAGUCACAUUACUACUUUAUUUUAUGUCCCCUUAAGGCUUUGUUGAUUAAACUCUCUACAGAGGUCUGUACUUUCAUCCAAACUUGACAAACUCUGUUUUUCAACUAGAGCUAGAAAAUAUACAGUUUGACAGUUCUCUCGCACAGGAUUAUGUACGGCUUUUCUUGAAGGAGGAACGAGGAGUCACAGUUCCUCUUUAUAAUCUGAGUGACAUGGUACAAUGCACAAUCUUUCCGACUCAUCACAGGUGGCAAUUAAAGUAAGUGGAUGCAAAUGAAUGCUCGACUCUCAAGAGUGUGCCACUAGAGUGAUGCAGCUUUUUCUCACACAUAUAAACAAACAUUUCAAAAUUACAUUAUUAUCAUACCUAUAUUGAGUUAAAUCUUAAACCUUGUCUACGCACACAGUUUGGUCUCUAUCUAUUCGGAAAAUGCAUGGAGAUACCCUUUCUCGUGAAUUGGUGCCAAUGUACACUGAACACUAACUUUCAAUAAAAUAUUUCAGUAAAUUUAUCUGAAUUUCACCAGUCACAUCUCACUACCACUGCUGUAGACAAGUUACUGAGACACAGAGAAUGGUGCUAUGUCUCCACCACGAUAGCCAUGAGAUAAGAAAUAAAGGUACAUUUCGAAGAUCCAUUUCUCAGUAAAUUG